UUCCCACCGAGAAGUCCUGUUCAAACUUCUCGAGCAACAGGUGAGCUGCUGGGAGAAGCAGGGCAGCAAACGGAGCAGUUAAGGAUAUAGCCGGCUCGGUACCGGAGUCAGAGAGAGAGAGGAGGUCUGCCCCUCCGUCCCAGCUCCACUGCAACACGUUAUGUUGGCUCAGGUCCCGAGAUCUUUCCGCGGGGACUGUUGGUGGAUGUGGUCGCAGGGCAUGGUCUUCCCGUGAAACGGCACCAACUCCAAGAUCAGCAUUUUUAAAAAAAAGACAGUUCUGAACCGCCCCGUGGUUUUCCCAUUCUCCAAAAUAUAAACAAAGCUUAUCCUUGACACAGGGUGCACCUGCCUGGAAGCGGGAGAGCGCUCGUUUUGCAGAUGCACAGCUUCAUGACCAGUUGUACCUUGUCAUUCGAUUUGCAUCGAUACUGGUUGCAUCAUCUCUAUUUUUUUUGGAGUGCUCGGCAACCUUUUGUGUUUGAAGUACGAGCCUUUGCGCCAGCCAUGAAGUUAUAUUUCCAAAUCCUCAUGCUACUUUGGUGCUUUGUGGAUAUAUCAAAGGCUGCCAAAAUUGUGAUUGUGCCGCCGAUUAUGUUUGAAAGCCAUCUCUACAUUUUCAAGACUCUAGCUAAAGCUUUGCAUGAGCAUGGACAUGAUACUGUGUUUGCAGUAUCAGAAGGUAGAGAAAUCCCUUCAUCAGAUUACUUUAGAUUGCUGCGGUAUCCUGGUUUCUUCAAUAGCACAACAGCAGAUGAAUUUUUGCAAUCUAAGAUGCGAAACAUUUUCUCAGGAAGACUAACGGCACUAGAACUUUUUGACAUUCUGGAGCAUUACUCCAAGAACUGUGACAUCAUGGUUGGCAGUCAGAGUUUCAUUGCACAGCUCAAAGAGGAAAAGUUUGACUUGCUUUUGGUGGACCCAAAUGAAAUGUGUGGCUUUGUCAUUGCGCAUCUUCUGGGAGUGAAGUAUGCAGUCUUUUCUACUGGUCUCUGGUACCCAACAGAAGUUGGUGCUCCAACACCGUUAGCCUACGUACCAGAAUUCAACUCUCUCCUUACAGAUGAGAUGAAUUUAUUUCAACGAAUUACAAAUAUUGCAGUAUAUUUGGUGUCACGCUUUGGUGUGAAUUUUCUGUUCUUGCCAAAAUAUGAGAGAAUUAUGCUGAAAUAUAAAAUUGAGCCUGAACGCUCCAUGUACGAUUUAAUACAGGGUUCCAGUUUAUGGAUGCUUUGCACGGAUAUAGCACUGGAGUUUCCUCGGCCGACUUUGCCCAAUGUUGUGUAUGUGGGAGGAAUUUUGACUAAACCUGCAAGCCUUCUACCUGAAGACUUCAUGACCUGGGCAGAUGAUGCUAAGGAGGAAGGCUUUGUCCUCGUAUCUUUUGGAGCCGGUGUGAAGUAUCUGUCCGAUGAUGUUGCACACAAGCUGGCAGGAGCUCUGGCACGGCUUCCUCAGAAAGUAGUGUGGAGGUAUUCUGGAAAGAAGCCUGUCAAUUUGGGAAAUAAUACAAAGCUUGUGGAAUGGAUGCCCCAAAAUGAUUUACUUGGUCAUCCAAACAUCAGAGGAUUUCUAAGCCAUGGUGGUCUGAAUGGUAUCUUUGAAGCAAUGUAUCAUGGUGUACCUGUAGUUGGGAUCCCUCUUUUUGGUGACCACUAUGAUACAAUGACCCGUGUGCAUGCCAAAGGCAUGGGCAUCUCAUUAAACUGGAAAACAAUGACAGAGCAUGAUCUAUAUAAUGCAAUGUUGACAGUGAUUACUGAUCCACGUUACAAGCAACGUGCUGAACAGUUAUCUCAGAUUCAUAGAGACCAGCCCGAGCAUCCUGUGAGCCGAACUGUUUACUGGAUUAACUACAUUCUUCGUUACAGUGGAGCAGAACAUCUUCGUGCUGCUGUUUAUAAUAUCCGGUUCUAUCAGUACUUCUUAUUGGAUGCAGUUCUGCUUGUUUCAUUGAGCUUUUUUGUUGCAUUCAAGGUAGUAUUGUGGAUAGUAAAGUUGAUUGCCAAAAGGUUUUCAUCUAAAAUAGUGCACAGUAAAAGUAAUGGACACUGCUACAAUGGAAUAGCAAAUGGUAAACAUCGGAAGAAUGGUCACGUCAAACAUGAAAAGAAAGUGAAAUGAAUAAUAUUGUCUAUCCUCUAAUACUGGAAUAUAUUUAACAGUUAACUAUACUGUUGGUAUAAUACCACCUGUGUAACACACUACUGACAGCAUUUAGGAAAAUAACUGUUAACGUUUUUCACCAUUUAACCUCGUUUUGCCUAAAAAUCCAUGUGCUGACUAAAGGACCGAUGAGCACAAUUUAAAAUGCAAUAUUGUAUAUCUGAUUGUUGGCAUUUCUGCACAAAUUACUUUGGCACUGAAACUAUAAGGGCCUUAAUUCUUGGAACAUUUUAUUAUGGAUUUUUAUAAAUUGUUUUGCGAUUUAAGUGUGUUGUGUGCCCCACUUUUUAAAAAAAAAGCAAAACGAUGAAGGGUUUGAUACUUGGGUAAAAUUCAUUAAGUUUGAUUUGUUUUUUUUUGUUUGUUUUGGUGUUGACAGAAGAUUAUGUUAGCUAGGACUACAUUGAAUAAUACACUAAUCCAAUUGUGAUGGUGGUCUAGUCAAUUAUUGGACCCAUACAAAGAUGUUUUACUUGUUGAUGCUGAAUAUUUUCCUUCUGAUGAAAAACAGGGUGGUACGAUCUGCUGAAUACUAAAGGAUUGAACGUGCUUUUUCACCAUUCAAGAUUUUUUAAAAUAGGUUGGGCACAAAUCCCGGUAACCCUUGCAUGCAAAUCCUUCACAAAAUCAGUCAGCAUGAAGUUUAAUCAUCUUGUCAAGUAGUGCUCAGUGACUACAUAAUUAUCACCUUUUAGUCUUUUUGAACUUAAUUACAGAUUGUGGAGUUGAUGAGGUACAAAUAGAUUGUGUAUCUUAGAACGUGCUAUUGUCAUAAUUCACAAUUGAGAAAUGAAGCACUGUUAUUUAAAACAUGAAUGAAACAGCACGUUUUUAGGUGCACAAUUUUUUUUUACUCUGAUAAGUGCUCUGCAAAUCCCAUUUAAAAAUACUGCAUUUGUGAUAGGUGACAACAUUUCUGACAUCACAUUUCACUGAGUUUUGGGUAUAUCACCUAUUCUACAGAGUUUUUAAAAUGUAUAUUAAAACAUGAAAUACAGCAGUAACAUUAUCCAUCAUCUGAUUUUAGAAUAUACAUUGAAUAAAAGUGGUUUGAAAAUUAAUUUUUCAACUAUAUUAGGACGGCUUAGGUUCCAUCAUGAACGGACAUUUUGGAUAUAUGAACCAAGCUGAAGGUUUAUAUUCUCUUAUUUCUGCUACCUCUUCUUGGUCUACUCUGUUUUGAUGCAUAACCUGUAAAUGAGAAGGUCAUAUUUGCUGCACAAAUGAAACAGCUCCAUGUAUUGUUGCCCAUCACUUGCCAAAGUAUUUUUACGUGGUCUUCAUAUUUUCCCAUUAAAAUAUAGAUGAAUUGUAUGUCAAUGGCUGUUAAUUUUCAAUGAUUUCAUCUUGGCAGCUUGUUCUUUUGAACGUCUUUGGGGCACACAAUUCACUGUUUUGUAACUACUCUACUUAAUGUAGCCCAGUGUUGCUUCCUGUAUCUGUCAUAGUUUGUCUACAGUGUGAUGUGUUUACUUGCAAUAUGUAAUAGCCCUGCUGUGAGUGUAAAUUUUAUUUAUUGUAAUUAGAAUUCACAUGUCUGACUAAGAAAAGAGUAUUCAAUAUCACUAUUGCCUCCUUGAUUUUUACUAAUUUGUGACCCAAAUAAGGAUUGUAACUUACUUCUAUCCCACUUGGAGCCACAGGUGACCACUGAAUGUAGGAAAAUAGACAGGAAUAUAAACAGCUAAUAACUUUAAAUAACUGAACAAGGGAAAGUUGAUACAAAAAUGUAAUUACUUUUAUUUCUGUUCAAUACUGUCUGUGCAAUACUGCCAUGAAGUGGCCAUUGAGAAUGCAGUUAAAUUGCUUUGGAAGGCAAUGAGUAGUGGGGUGGUAACUAUGUCCAUCUUAACAUGUACUGUAUGCAGAUAUUUGUUUUAAAGUAAAAUAACAGGUACAGUGUCUCCAGGCUGAAGAAAGUUGGGAUAAGCCUAAAGCUGUGAUAAAGUCGAGCAAUAAGCACUGAUUACAUAGCCUGAAACCUUUUUUAUGUAUAUAUAAAAAUGUAAAUGUCUAAUUACAGCUACAGUUUUAAAUACAUACACUGUUAUCUGUUGUUGCAGGAAAGUUAAAUAAAUGCGAAACAUUGAUAAUUGUGUGCAUGCUUUACAAUUGUUAUAAUUAUACGUAGUUGCAUGCUUUUAUAACCCCAACGUUUUUGGAAUAUUUUAUACUUUGCCAUAUUGCAACUUCACCUUGUAUUCAAAAAUGUAAUGAGGCUUAUCUUGAGUAGAAUGAUAAUUUUCAUGU